CUUGCUCAGUGUGAAACGAACCAACAACUCAAACGAAACGAACGCGAGCGCGCGCGAGAAAUACAAACUAGAAUAGAAUAGAACAAAUUAACCUCUCCCCCCCAACAAAAAAAACACGAAGCGCUGAGGACGGGGGCCCUAACCCAUCCUAACUAUAAACAAUAAUCGAAUCAACGAAAUUUAAAUUAAUUGCGAAUGAGUAAUACCUGAGCGAUUUAUUAAUCUGACCGAUUUAUUGCACCACCGCGGCAGAAGCUGAGCGAGCAACAAAGAAUCCACAAGUAGCUGGCAUACGGAAAGAUAAAUAACUGCACAGAUAAUUGCUAGUCCUCGGUACUGGCCUCUAAAAAUAACCCGCAAAUAUAAACGGAGACAAUUGCAGGGCACUGGUGCACAGUGGAAGAACCGCGAGGAUCUAUCACUCGCCGACUUAUUUUUGGUAAAUGACCAAGGAUGGCCUACGACAUUAGCAUAGAGAAUCAUAACCGCAACUGUCAGAGGACAUUGACAUCCGACGCUCGGUUUAUGCAACUUUAAGAGGCGAGCCGGUUAAACGAAGAACGGCAACAACAAAUUGCAACUUUCGCGUUUCAGUGAAAACCCCAACAAUUUAACCACACAACAUUUAUUAACUAGCCGUAAAGCACCACUAGGUUAAGCAGAGCAAACGAAACCAAGCGAAACGAACUAUAGACACUAUAUCACAACCAGGAUCAGAUGAGGCAACAGCCAGUGCAGCAAUCGAGCGGAAAAUCAAUGAGCAGCAGGCGGCGGCACAAAAAGCCCAAGGCACAAGCAGCAGUAUCCACAACUUUAAACCGCCCUAAACUUUAAAAUCCGAGGCUCGAGCAUGCAACAGGCUGGCCAACUGACGCCGCAACAGCAACAGCAACAGCAACAGCUGCAACAGCAGCAGCUGCAGCAACAGCAGCAAAAUGGCGGCGACCUUGCCGCCUAUGCCGCCUCCCAAGCGGCCGGCGGUAGGCGUGGCCCCAUAAGCGGCGGUCGCUUCGACUUCGAGGACGGCGGUACCUACUGCGGCGGCUGGGACGAGGGCAAGGCCCAUGGUCACGGCGUCUGCACGGGUCCCAAGCACCAAGGCGCCUACGCCGGGGCCUGGAACUACGGCUUCGAGGUGUCCGGAUCGUACAUCUGGCCCAGCGGCUCACACUACGAGGGUCAGUGGCAGAAUGGACGCCGCCACGGGUUGGGCGUGGAGCAGAUCGGGCGGCAGAUCUACCGCGGCGAGUGGUCGAAGGACGGGCACAAGGGACGCUACGGGGUCCGCGAGAGCACUGUGUCGACGGCCAAGUACGAGGGCACCUGGAACGAGGGCUACCAGGACGGGUCCGGAUGCGAGACCUAUGCGGAUGGGGGCAAGUACCAGGGUCAGUGGCAGGAGGGGAAGAGGCACGGAUAUGGAAUAAGGACCUCGGCGCCCUUCGGAUUGGCCUCGCACCACCGGCGCAAGAAUCUCCAUGCCUCCCUGAGUUCCCUGCGGAGCGGCGAGAAUGGAAAUGCGGCCAAGAUGGUGGAGAAGGCCGAGGAGAUCCGCGGCGGAUUCGUCCUGACGGCCAAGUCCGAUAAGCUGCCGGUCAGGCGCAACAGUCUGACGGAUAAGACCGGAAAGAAGGGAUUCCUUAUGGGCCUCAAGAUGCGCAAACAGCGCAGCACCGGCGAUCUGGAGAAGAGGGGUACGAUUGCGUCCGGCAGUAUACGCUCCACCAUGUCCUCGGCCUCCUGGAUCAGCACCGGAUCCGAGCAGUCCAACCUGACCACAAAGUCCAACCACACAGAGUCCAAUGCCAGCUUCACCAUGGAGGACGAGCAGUUGGACCCCACGGUGGUGGAGACUUACAUGGGCGAGUGGAAGAAGGACAAGCGCUGUGGUCACGGUGUGGCAGAGCGCAGCGACGGACUCAAGUACGAGGGCGAGUGGUACAACAACCGGAAGCACGGCUACGGAGUGACGACCUUCCGCGACGGAACAGUCGAGGAGGGCAAGUACAAGAACAACAUCCUGAUCACCAGCCAGAAGAAGAAGCAUUUGUUCCUGGCGCGUUCGCGCAAAUUCCGCGACCGCAUCACGGCGGCGGUGAAUGCGGCCCAGCGUGCCCUCAAGAUGGCCAUGCAACGCUCCGACAUGGCCAUUUCCCGGAUGGCCACCGCGGCGGCCAAGGCCCAGAAUGCGGAUGCUGCUGCCGAACAGGCCCGCAUGGAUUGCGAAAACGCGGUGCGGAUGGCUCGGGAAUUUGCCCCCGAUUUCAAGCCCUCGGUGCUGGAGCGAUUCGAGAAGCUGCGCUUCCGGGAACGGGAGCGAUUCCGUCCGGGACCAGCGGCUGCCUCCGAUGCGGCCGUGAAAAUGGGGGCGGGGGGCAUGCAACAGCAGCAGCAGCAACAACAGCAGCAGCAGCAGGGUCAGUUCUCGCCCACGAGCAGCAGUGGAUCGGAUGCCUAUGCCACCCAGGCCCAGCGCCAGCAGCAAUAUCUCACCAUGCAGCAGCAACAGCAGCAGCAGCGUCGCAUGUCGCAGCAGAAACACGAGUCCGAGUGUCCCGUACCCCCGUCGAUGUACUCGCAGCAGCUGCCCGUCUCCCCGCAGACGGACCUGUCGGGAAUGGUGAGCCAGGGCCAGCCCAGCCACGCCCAGGUGAUCAGCGCCAUCCAGCAGAUGUACCACCAGCAGCAGCACCAACAACAGCAGCAACAGUUGACCCAGCAACAGAGCAACCCGCAAAUGAAUCCUGCAUAUCAGUUCCAGCAACAGCAGCCGCCCGGCCAGGCCAAGAUCAAUCCCAAUCUCAACUCGAACCUCAAGCAGAACCAGGCACCGAAUCAGAACCAGAUGCCUUUUGGCGCUGGCACCAAUCAAGCGGGCAUGUCGCCACAGCAACAGCAACUCCUGCAGCAGCAGCAACAGCAACAGUUGCAGCAACAUCAGCAACAGUCUAGCUUGGAACAGCAAAUCGGAAUGGGUCACCAGCAACACCAGACGAUGCAGCAGCAGCAGCAACAACAACAGCAACUCCUGCAACAACAGCAACAGCAGCAACUCCUGCAGCAACAGGGGCUGUCCCUGCAACAGCAACCCUCGCUGCACGCCUCGCCCACCCACAAUGCCUCGAAUCUGUUGCGUCGCGCCUCCCAGAUGCAGCAGCAGCAACUCCAGGAGGCGGCCAGUGCCGCAGCAAUGGCCGCCAAUGCCGCCGCCCUGCAACAACAACGCAGCGGCAGGCCGCCCAUGUUGGGCCAGAUGGGCCAGCAGUCGUCCAUCGACCACUUCGACCACUACAAACGACCGCCCAGUCGCGACUCCUCCAUCGAUCGGUAUGCCCGGGCGGCCAGUCGCGCCAGUGGAGCCUUCUCCGGAUCGCGGCAAACAUCGCUGGACCGCUCCGGACUGGCCGAUCCGCUGACCAACGGCGGCACCACCACUCCCGAUGGACGCCCCCGGGCGGGCUCAGUAUUCCGCGGAUCCACCCCGCAACCUGGAGCCGGAACAUCGACCAUGACUGGCAACGGAUCGCUGCCCUCCGGAACGGGAGCCGGACGAUUGUCGCGAGCGGGAACCCCGAGCUUGGGAUCCGGAGGACGUGCGCCCAGCCAGGGCAAGGCGGAGCCCCUCUUCUCCUCGCCCAACCAGCCGUUCGAGGACGUGCUGCUGCGCCAGCGGACGCUCGGCCAGGACAUCAUUCCCUCGCCCUCGCAGCCCAAGCGCACGGAGAGUCUCUACCUUCCGGUUAAGCCAGCCACGCCGGUGGGCAUGGCCAUGGGCGGAAAAGGGGGCGGAGGAGGCGGCGGCGGUGGUGGCGGCAAGAAAAUGAAGUCGGUGCCCAUCAAUGUGACGCUGCAGCGGAAGAAGUCCAUGCCCGAUUUCCAGGAGCUGCCGCGGGCCACGGAGGCCAUGAGCCGGGAGGAGGUGUCCGCCCUGGGAUCCGCCCGCCGGGAGGCAGUGCGUCGCCAGAUCGAGGUCAACGAGCGCCUCAAGGCGAAUCCCUUGCUGUAUUUGGUCAGUCCACAGGUUAAGGACUGGUUUGUGCGCCAGCAGCUGAUGCUGCUUGUCCUGAUUUUCAAUGUCGCGUUGGCGCUGCUCUUUGUCUACAUGCUCACCUAGCGCCGAAGGAUGCACAGGACGACGCGGGACAGUGGUGGAUUUGGGAUGGGCGAUUCGGGGCAGCGGCUGGCUUUGAGCCACUGUGGUUUUGGCAGCCACCGAUAGUCCGAGAUUCGCCGGUUCGGGGACAAUGUGGGGCAAAGGGGCCCACGAGGGCGCAGGUGGGAGAGCUAAUAAGUUUUUAGCAUUUGCAGUAACCAGUUUAUAAACCAACUUAAGUAUCUAAAGUACCAUUAAUGUAUAUCAUAUGUAUAACAUGAGGAAACACGCUAAAGAUGGGAAAAAGAAAUCGAAUUACAAGUCUAGACUGCAGCCAAAUAAUGGAUAAUUAAAUUAACUCAUAGCGCAGAACUGCAAUGCACAAAUCGUAGCAAACUAAAUACUUAAACCGCGUGGCUGUGCAGCCAAUCAUUUAAUUUGUCGAGCCAAUUAAACUUUGUAUUUGUGGCUAACCGGGAGCUGGAGAGGAGAUCGAAUAACUAUAUGCAAAUCAAUUUAACGAAUUUUUCUACACAUUUAAUGUAAAGAUAAAGGCAAACAAAACAAACAAAACAAAACAAACAAAACAAAACAAAACAAAACAAACAAACAACACCUUAACCUAAUCAAUGAUUAAUCAUAAUAAAUAAACGCGUAAUUUAUUUAAACUCUGGCUACUCAAUGUAAUACAUAAUACGAAAGCAAACCUAGGCAAAUGCAAGGCAACAUUAAAACCAAGAAACUUUUCCUAUUUGCAAUUGAAAAUGCAUUAGUCAGCAACUUAAUCAAAACAAAAGGCAACUGAAUAAUACAAGUACUCAUAUUUAUAUAUUAAAAGUGUAACGAUGUGACACCUAUAUUUGUAUAAUUAGCAAAAUUUUGUGGGACCGAAAACAGCACCAACAACAAAAGGUGCAGCAGCAGUAUAGCUACAAGAUAUCUCAAGACUCGAGCUCUGUUUUUGGUUAACCAGUUGAACAUUUUCGAAACUAAAUUGAAUUCGAGAAGGUCUGAGCGGAUUUACAGAAUCUUAAAAUUAUAUACUUUAAAGCAACGGAUCGAGAUUGUUAAUGAAUGAAGCUGUAUAUAUACAUUUUAAAAUAUCGUAUAACUAUAAUUAUUUUCUUCUCGAUAAUUUACGUUUAAAUUCAUAGCUGGGACGACGUCAUUAUUUCAACGUGUUGCAAUUUAUUGUUUUUAGUUUCACUUCAUUUACGAUGUACGAAUAUGUUCUAAAUAUUAUUAUUUAAUUUUUUAUUUGUUAUUUUAUAUGCAUACAUUAUUGAAAAGAAAUAAAACCGCACAUUCGCAUCUUUGCAAGUGUA